AUGACGAUUAAUUACUAUUGUAUUCAUAAACCACAUGAGCAAUCCAAAACAUCAUUUGAUGCCCCAAAAAUUGAAAGCGAGCGUAUUAAAUUGGAAGAACGUUUAGGGAUGACAUUAAAAAAAACUCAUCGUGUUUUCCUAAAACAUUUUAAAGAUACUGAUGUCAUUAGUAAAUGGAAAAGUGGCAAAGGAAUCAAAAAAUAUUCAGUAAGAUCACUUAUGUAUAGUACCUAGUUAAUAGUUUUAAAUUUAAUAAUAUUGAUAAAAUCAUAAUUACCUACUUUACAAUAAUAAUAUUAACUACAAGCCAUUAACUAUAACUAUAAAAUACAAGCAUAUUUAAAUUGUUAUUUAAAUAUCAUAUUAUAUUUAGGCAUUGAUGAUAAGCCCCAAUUUCAAUAAAGCAACAUUGGAAACUACUCUAAUUACAUCUCCAGAGUUAAAAAGAAGAAAAGUAAUUAUAAAUAAAUAAAUAUUACUUAAAAAGAUCCAUAUAAUAAUAUAAUAUAAUUUGAAAUAUUAAAAUCAUUCCCUACUACUAUAGUUUAAUAAUAAUAAUGUCUUUAUUUUGACCAUUGGAUAAAAUAUUACUUAGUCAUUAUUUAGUUUAUUUUGUAUAUUUAGUGCACCAAAGCUCAUUUAUUAUUUCAAGUAGUUUGUAUUGCAUUAAAUAGUGUAAAAGUUCUACCAAAUUGAUUUAAAACGUAUGUAAAUAAUUUAUAGGUACAUUUAUAAUGAUAUAUUUUUGUUUGUGUACAUUUUUAAAUUCAUCUUAAUCAACUAAUAAUUAAUUAUGUUAUUAGAUAUAUCACAAGGCGCUUACAAAGACUACCAAAUGUGAAGUAUGUUUAAACUGCUUAAAAGCUGAAAAUGGUAUUUUAUCAAAUCCUACAGUAGUGAUUGUCAACAUUAAAACUAAAGGAUAUUUAAAUCAUUUUAAUAAUUAUUUAUUUUAAAUAUUUCGAAAACUGGAAAAUGAAAAAUUUUUCAGAACAAAGAUUUGAAUUUAACAUUUACAUGCCAUGAACAUAAAAGUGAAAUAUUGACCAAUAUAUAUGUAAUGUACAAUACAAUGCGAAUGAGGCAAUAUUCAUACUUGGCUAAUCAAUGAACAAAAAAAAUGUUAUCAAAAUUAGUUAAUAUGUAAUAAAAUAAACAACAUAUUAAUAAUAAAGGUAACUAAACAAAAUAUUUUCUUUAAUGAAUUAAAUACAUUUUUAAGAUUUCAGUAUUUCACAAUUAAUACCUAUUAUUAUUAUUAUAAAAUCUUAAUCACUUAUUUAUCAAACUAAUUUUUAUAAAUACUUCAUGUUUAUUCUUUUUGUGUUGAAAUUUGUAUUUACUAUUUAAGUCUGUAAUUAUAUAUAUUAGGAAUUUAUAUGCUCGAUUUACUUUAAAAAUAUUUACUAUAAAAAUGUGUUGUAAGUCAAUAUGUACUUAGUAUAAUAGUAUGUAAUUAUAAUUAAACAACGCCAAUAUUAUAGUCCGUAGAAUAGUAAGUGGUUGACAAUGUGCAAAGACAUAAAGUGGAACAGUGAGUUAGUGAAUAAUUGAGAUUUGAGAUACCUAGAGAGAUUAAAUAUAAGUUAAUAUAUAAAAAAAUAUAUUGUAUAAAUCUUUAUAUUAUAAAUAUAUUAUAGGUACCUAAUUAAAAUUUUAAAAGAAAAUUACUGUUUUUAGCUAGAUUUAGUGAAAUAUAUAGAAGUGAUGACACUAGCAGUCAGUUCAUAUGAGGGACCAGGCAAUCCUGGUCACUUAGUCAUUAAGCUUAAACGCGUAACCAUUCUAUCUUAA